UGUUUACCACUGACUCUGCUGCUGCGCUGCACAGUUGCGUCAACCCCACCGCACGACAACGUGCUACGCAGACUCGAGAGAGAGAGAUACAAAACAGAGACGUCAUUGAUCGCCUACGCUCAAAUGCUCGUGCUUCUGUGCAAAUGUAUAAUGUCAUGUAGAUAGAGUACGCGGCUAUCCUUGUCGGGCGCACAGACACGCGCGCGAGCUCGCGUCAACUGGCUGGCACGAGCCACCGUGCCAAUAUAAAUAUAUACCUAUACGGUAUCGUGCAAUACGUUCGGUCGAAGCCAACUUUUUCACUUUGUUUAAAUUUAUUUCGCUGUUAUACCACUGCAGCCAUGCAUCGAGGCACGCCGAGCUGCUGCUGCUCUCGCUCGACGUCGCAUCGCCGCUUAUACCCAGAAGGUCGGAGCUAUUGCCCGCUUCGCUGCUGCAGUGAUCAUGACAAGACCGACGCGGAGCUGUCAUACUACUACUGCGCUCGUGGGAGGACAAUUUGAGCGAAAAAAAUGCCCUCCUCGCCUCGUUCCUGCUGCUAUUGCUCCUGCUUCUAAGUGACUGCAAUUCGCAACACUACAGGUGACUACAGAUUUACAAAACCAGCUGGAUAAUUGGCGAUUCGAUCCACGCGUCAUGGAGCCCAUCCUCGGACACGCGUCGGACUCGUCGAAGGCCGAUCUGGACUCGAUCGUCUCGACGGACUCGCUGCAAUCCUGGAUGGAGGAGUUCAGGCUGCAGCACGACGAAGCCGCGUCGAGCCUCGAGAUCAACGCCGGCGGCGACAACUGCGACGUUAUGCAAAAGCUGCGCAGCCUCGAGCUGGAAAACGAGCGCCUCGGCGUGGAGCUGGCCUCGUGCCGGCUCGAGCUGGACGCCAAAAGCGCCGCCAAUCGGGGCCUCAAGGCCAAGAUAAGCGAGCUCCACGUGCAGGCCCAGGACUCGCUGCAGGAGCGCCAGAGGCUGCGCAACUUGGCCAAGGACGCCGAGUGCAAGCUCGCCGCCGCCGAGAACUCGACCAAGUGGUACCAGGCGCAGAUGCACGAGGCCCAGGCGCGCUCCAACAGUCUGCGGAUCGAGCUCGACACCUAUCAGAGCAUGCUCAGGCAGAAGCACCAGACCCUGGUCAACGUCACGGCCAAGUGGAAGCAGCUCAACGACGACUAUCUCGUCGUGAUGCAGAAGCACCGCGCCGAGAAGGACCAGCUGCAGGCCGAGAUCGACCAGCUCAAGACGAGGAAGUACAGCUGCUGCAGCUGCGCCCCGAAGACGGCGACCUCGAUUCCGCCGCUGCUCCACGCGGAGCUCUCGGCGCGCCUCCAGAGGUCCGAGGAGGAGCUCGAGGAGGGCCGAGCCGAGCUGCGGGCCCUGGAACAGCGGCUCACCGGCCUCGAGGUCGAGCGUGUCUCGAGCGAGGCCUCGCUGUCCGAGCAGCGCAAGCUCACGAGCGCGGCCGAGGAGCGCUGGAGAAGCUCCCAAGCCGCGAGGGUCCAACUGUCCGAGGAGGUGCGCGAGCUCCGACUGCAGCUCGAGACGUCGCGCUCCGAGGCCGCGGUGGCUCAGGGCGCCUUGCUGGCCGCUCAGCAGGACAAGGAACAGGUGCAGGGGGCCAUCGAGCAGCUCCAGGCCCAGCUGACCAAGAUGAUAGCCCAGCACAGACUGCUGAGGAGUCGCAACGCCGACUUGGAGCACAAGCUGACUCGGCUGCAGGGUGCUUGCGACGAUAGUCGUCGGCUCAGGUCGCUCUCCUACUCGGCCAAUGCGUCGCUCUUCAAGAGACUCCGACAGGAGCGCAGACGAGCCUCUGCUCUUCGGCAAUUGUUGCUCGCGGCCCAGCCACCGCGUCAACGAGCUCGUUCCCUUUCUCGACAGGAAUCGAAAGAGCAAAACCCGAAAUGUUUGGCCUCGUCCGAAGAGUCGAGCAUCGACGAGGGCUACGUCGACAACGGCAGCAACCUCGUGCAUUUUCCCUUCGUGCCAAUGCCGUCGCCGAAGCCACUCGAUCCUCAGCUGCUCGGCACCAUCAAUGAGCUGCUGGACCGUAGCAAAGACUUCUGGCAGCCGGUGAAUAGCAGCCUCGACAAGUUGCGACUGAAACUCGAGCCCGCCUUGACUCCGGUGACUUGAAGCGCGACGCUCUCUUGUAAGAUGGAAAUCAAGAAACUUUGUUAAGGUCGACGCAACGUUAAAGCCGAUCGAGUUUUAACGAUCGCGAGGGGAUGAAUUGAAACUUGACAAGUAGCAAAGUAGAAAUUACCCCUGGCAUGGUGUACGGUGUCAAAACUUCCCCCAACCUGUGUUCCUCAAAGAGAUCUUUCUAGUUGACCCAUCUGUUUUUUUAUAUUCUGUUGAUCUAUAAAUGAAUCGUGUCAAAAGCGGCCAAAUCUUCGUAUUGACGAAUUACCUUACAGUAUAACUCAUAUGCCAAUUUUACCAAAACUUUUACACAGUGUAAAAUAAGAAUAAGAUUGUACAAUUUUUAUUUGUAUAAGUGAAUAGUCAAAUAAGCGGCCAACUAUUGUGCGAUAUUUCACGUUUAUUUAAUUUAAAAUUUGAGUACAAUGAAGAUUAUUGAUUAGAUUAACAGUAUUAACUUACAAGAUAUAUUGUUAACUGUUAUAAUGGCUUUCAUUACGUGGCAAGUAUAAAACAUAUGUCAACUGCAUCAAUUCUUUUUUAUAACUUUUGUGCCAUACAAAUGUAGCAUAUGAAACAUUUUCUGUAUAACAAUUUAGUUACAAUAAAUUGUUGUGUUGUAAAAAAAAUUACAAAUUCCAGGAUAUCAAAUAUCCCAUCGAUUCUUAAUCUUAAUACUUAAAGAAAUAAAGCACAUCUUUGCAUACCUAAAAUUUUAAUGACGUAAAUUAAAAUAAAUAAUGCGUAUUUACAAAUAAUUGACAAGGUUUUGUAUCAAUUUAAAUUAAAUAUAAUAAAUUCAUUUUUGUAUUAUAGAUCAAGUUUAGUACUGAGAGUUCAUUACUUCUUAAAAAUUUCAUUUUUUUCUACAUGAGAUUAAAUUCUGUUACUAAUGAUGAGUAAUAUUUUAUAUUUAGUUUAAUUUUUCCAUGUUUCAAGCAACAUGUAUAGCUUAAAAAUGUAUUUAACUGAAAUUUUUUCCUAAUUUUGGCAACAUUCAUGGUACGGUAUAUAAUAUGGCAGUGCCUUGGAGCAAUAUACAUUAACUACAAAUUUCAUUUAAUCGUCUAUUUCCAUUUUCUAAACCUAACAAGCUCAUAUGGUCUGUGAGAAAAUUAUAACUAAAAAAAAUUAUACAAGAAGAACCUAAAUUUACAAAUCAAAUUCAUGUUAUGAAUUUGAUAAAGUGAUUAUACUAAAUAAUAAAUAUAUAAUAUUUUUUGAAAAGGACAGAUAAGUAUAUCACAGCAUAGCUUGAAUAAUAUAAACUCAAGAGAAAACAUUCAUUUCUCUGAAAAACCAACAUUAACUGCUUCAUCAGUGAUGUCAUUCAUUAUGCAAUGAAUAAAAAAGCAGUUAAAACAAACUUAUAUGUGAUGUUUGUUUUAAAAUGAACUAUUGUAAAACACAUCUUUUCCAGCAGGUGUAAAAAUGAUGAUAUAUCAUGAAUCAUUUUAUUUGAAUAGACUGAUUUUCAUCGUUAUGUGUAAAAAGUGUACAAAAAGUGUAAGUUUUUCUCCCAUUUUGUACAACAAAUGAGCCACAGGAGUGGUAUUCAAUACACUACCGAAUAUUUGAUAAUAUCAUAUAUUUGCAUGCGACCAGCAGGUAGGUUAUCAAACUGAUUGAGUUAGUUUUAAAAUGAUAAUCUCAGGAAAUUGAAAAACUAUGAGUCCAGUAUAUGGGUCAACUCACAUCAGCUACUUUUGUUGGAAAAAAAUAGCACCACUGUUUAAUAUUAUAAUUAAAAAUGAAUGGAUAAUAAUUAUAAUUGCAAAAAUAGCAAUAAUAAUAAGUAAUAUCAACACUUUCCAUAUUAUACACCGUGACGCAUUUAAUGCUGCUGAAAAGUAAUACCUAUAAUGAAUUCCUAAGCAACGAUUUUGAGUGUGAUAAUGCAGAUGCUCGAUUGCUUAAGUUAAAAUUGCUUGAAAUAGAGAAGUGGAUGAAGAGAUUAGAUAGAGCAAUGAUAUACACUCUAAUAAAAAUAUUA